GCGGCAUUAAAAAGCAGCCUACAGGCAGCCACGAGUCUACACAACCAACGUGCACGCCUUGGUCCCAGGCUACGUGCACACUGUGCUGGUGCACCGCUGCCAGCUCCGAGCGCCCCACAGCUCCGAGUGAGUGGCAGCUUUGAGUCGCCGGGACAAAGAUGCCUCACCGCAGCCUGCGCGCGACUGUCGUCCUCCUGUUGGUGAUCCUUAAGAAGCAGCCUUCCAGCUCAGCCCCACUCAACGGAUCCAAGUGGACCUAUGUUGGUCCUGCUGGGGAAAAGAACUGGUCCAAGAAGUACCCAUCGUGUGGAGGCCUCCUGCAGUCCCCGAUAGACCUACAUAGUGACAUCCUUCAAUAUGAUGCUAGCCUCGCACCCCUCCAGUUCCAAGGUUACAACGUGUCUGUUGAAAAGCUGUUGAACCUGACCAAUGAUGGCCAUUCAGUGAGACUGAAUCUGAACUCAGACAUGUACAUCCAGGGUCUCCAGCCUCACCACUACAGAGCAGAGCAGCUACACUUGCACUGGGGAAACCGCGAUGACCCCCAUGGCUCUGAACACACCGUGAGUGGGAAGCACUUUGCUGCCGAGCUGCACAUUGUCCAUUAUAACUCAGACCUGUACCCUGACUUCAGCACCGCCAGUGACAAGUCCGAAGGCCUCGCUGUUCUUGCUGUUCUUAUUGAGAUAGGCUCCGUCAAUCCGUCAUAUGACAAGAUCUUCAGCCAUCUUCAACAUGUUAAGUAUAAAGGCCAACAAGUGCUCAUCCCAGGCUUCAACAUUGAAGAACUUCUGCCCGAGAGCCCUGGGGAGUAUUACCGCUACGAAGGGUCCCUGACUACACCUCCUUGCUACCCUACCGUGCUCUGGACAGUUUUCCGAAACCCUGUGCAGAUUUCCCAGGAGCAGCUGCUGGCUUUGGAGACAGCUCUGUACUUCACACACAUGGAUGAUCCUACCCCCAGAGAAAUGGUCAACAACUUCCGGCAGGUCCAGAAGUUCGAUGAGAGGCUGGUGUAUAUCUCCUUCCGACAAGGACUGCUUACCGACACAGGACUGAGUUUGGGUAUCAUCCUUUCAGUGGCCCUGGCUGGCGUUCUUGGCAUCUCCAUUGUUCUGGCAGUGUCUAUUUGGCUCUUCAAAAGGAAGAAGAGCAAAAAAGGUGACAACAAGGGAGUCAUUUAUAAACCAGCCAUCAAGAAGGAGGCUGAGGUCCACGCCUGAGGUCCCUGGCAGUCUCAGACAUCCAAGGAAGGACCUUGCUUUGGACACUCCAUACUUUGGCUCUCUGGACACUUGAAAUACCUCCAGGUGUUCUCUUGAGCUCACCUGUAUCCCCUCCCCCCAGACUCUUGUGAGGUUCCAGCUGGGCCUCCCCUGCUCUGCUGUCACAGCCACCCCAGGGUGACCAGUGAGUGGGAUGAACUGAACUAGGGGGGCAGGAGUUUUGAGUGGAUUUCUCCAGCUGUGUGAGAUGGCUAAAGAUUCUGAAUUCUGGGUCACAAACCGAACCUGCUGGUGGGCCAUUGUGGUUUGGAAAACACUUCCAUCCUGGGUUCUUCCUGGUCCAUCUCCAGGGCCCUGAACAUUCUAGCUAUUCUCCGACCUUCCAGACUAGAACAUGUACCCUUUGCUUAGGUGACACUUUUGAAACUCAGCUUCAUCCCUCAGGGAGCAGUUGUCUUCCUUGGUUUUCCUUCUGCUCUGACAGACUGCCAGCAAACCUGGCCUCACACCUAACAGGGAAGAACUGAGACAGGAAGUAUGAAAUUAUCAGAAAGAAAGGACAACUAUAAUAAACUAGGGCAUUUUUUACAGUCCCAUCUUUUGGGUUACAGACAUUGACCAAGCCUCACUCAAGUUUUAUUCCUUAGUGGGGAUGAAAGGAAGACAAACAAUGAGGGAAACAGAGGGAACAGGAAGGCGUGCAUUGUCCAGGAGUCUUCCUUUGUAGUCAGAACUGGAAUCAAGAUAUAAUGUGGGGGGAAAAGUCUAUGUUAUCACUUACUUGGCCUCAGGAAGAGGACAGUUACACUUUAUAUUCCAAUCCAUUACUUGAAAAUGAAUUACUCCCUCUGUCUUGUAGUAGAUGUGAGUUCUGGAAUAAUCUACCCUGUUUUGAACCCAUGAGAAACAGACAAAAGCAGACUACUGGACAGCUCUGCCUCCUUUACCCAAAUGUCAGUUUUACCUUGUCUGAUCUUCCUCCUGCCCACUCAUUGUCAGGACUGUCUACGCCUCUGGCUGUGGAUAGGUCUAAAUAAUGUUUAGGUAAAAUGUAUUUUCAUACCAUCAAAGCAGAAAGCUAUCUGUGUAGAACUAAACUUGGUCCUGGUAUUUAAGUCCUGAAACCAAUAGCAUGUUUCUAGGAAUCUCCCUGUUCUUCCCACUCAGUCCCAUGGUUUCUGGGAAUGCUUAAUCCCUUCUUCAUGUUCUUUCCAUAGAGGUGAGAACCCUGUGGAGAGCAGUCAGUUCCAUGGCUCAAAGGAAGUCUCAGCCACCAGCCCCUAAUUGCUAGCUCCUUGCAGUUCAUAGGGAGUUCUCUGAUUUAGUCUCAUUUUGACAGCAUGGAAUGUCCUCUUGAAGAACAAGGUUUAUAUUUUUUUCCUACUUCUAUCCCUUCCUCCUUCUGACUUGAUAAAAAUCUCUUCUGCUAUCAGAAUGUUUCAUGGUGGCAGCUGUGUGUGCAGGAUACGUGCAUGCACACAAAACCUCUGACAGCCUUGGAGUCUGGGUGCCACCCUAGCCUUGGGACCAAUGGUGUCACCACAGUAAGAACAAGCCUCAAGAAGAAGCAACACAAUUUAGUUUCCUGAGCUUGGUCCAGGAUUGUCAGCCAAGAGCUGGCAUAAAGCAGUCCAGGGCAGCACGACUGUCUUAAAGAAGCGUAUACACUAACAAGUUAUCUGAGAGUGCAGCGUGGUCAUCAUAGCUGGCACGAGGACUGGUCAGAAAAGGAGAGGUGCUAGGAGGCAAAAACAGUGGUGUUUCUCCUUCCCUCUUCCCCUUCAGCACGGUCCAGCUAUUCAGUGUUCGCUCAACCCUCAUGGCUGAGACAAAACAAAGCCAAGGAGGCAGAAAGAGUGCUCCAAGAAUCAGCGCUGUCAACCUUUAACUCCUGAAGAUGCAGAUUCAAAAUCAUUCUGUGAACACCUGGCCACCACUGAGGGAAACCAGUGCUGUGGUAUUUGAUGCACAGCUCACCUUGCGCUCCUUAACUCUGCCGUGCGAGGUGCAAGGUGGGUGCCUAGGAGAGCCUGGGUGGGCACUGGGCUGGGCACAAGGCAGGUGGAGAUGACCAACACAAUGCGUGGGUGGAUGGGGGCACACACUGGGGACCCGAGAAAGGCACUGGCUUCUGCAAUGUUUCCUCUGCCUCUUACAGGAGAACUUGAGUCUCUGUUCUUUUUUAGUAUCCAUCUUCUGUUAUCGUAAAUCCUGUAUCCAUGGCUUUAAUAGACAUUCUAAAAGUUGCUGCACUGACAGUCUUAAUAAUAUUUCUAUUCCUCUCCCUCUCAAUACUCUUUGAAGACCUCCUGAUUGGCCCUGAGGAAGUAUCCAGGGUAACAGUAUUCCUGGGUCCCUGUCCCUCAGCCCAUAGGCCACUGUGAUAAUUGUCUGCUUAGCAUUUCCAUAUUUAUUGUACCAAUGAUUGUAAUGAAAACAUACACUGAAAGUUUAAGAGAUUAUAAUAAAAAUGUUUUUCACAUCA